AUGGAACGGAGAACGGACCAGUAUAAGGAGGUCGCUGCUGACCCUGUUUCCUCGAUUAGAGACCUCAAAUCUCGUGAGCUCAACAACCUUUCUACCUUAUCUUUAGCUGAAGACAGGUUAUACAUUACACUAAGUGCAGGUAAGAUCAAUCUUCCAGCGCUUAUUGACACAGGAGCCAGUCAUUCGUAUAUCAGUUCCUUAGGCCUCUCAUCUUUACACCAAGAACACAUCACGCUGACAUCUGUUACCUCUUAUCUUGUCGCGGUGGCUAGCGGAGCCAGUUAACAAAGCUGUUGCCUUCUUAGCCAGUGUAAACGGCCGUCAGGUUCAAAUAUCUUUUUAUGUCCUUCCCAACCUAACAGUUCCUUGUCUUUUGGGAAUGGACGCCAUGAGAGCACUAGGGAUAGUAAUUGAUGCUACUGAAGGGUCCUGGUGGUUUAAAGAUAUGCCUUCUUGUCGAGCUAAGUUUUCUAAGGAAUCUU